GGAAACUCAACUAGCGAGGAAGUAACUCCAGAAUGUUUCUGGAAAAACUAACUGACUGGCGUAAACACUGUGCUAUACAAUUUUGGUCAUAUUUUCUAGCCAGCUUAUGCGUAUAAGUAUAUGUUUUGGAAUGGUUACAGAUCGUUGUGUCGGUACAAGUUAGGACCUGAACAUCGUUUGAGAGAAUAAACAACAUUUAGCUAGCUAGCCGGUUAGCUAAGUAUCCGAUCAGGAGGCGUGAGAGGGUCGCUAGCCAGCAGCAUGUCAGUCCACUUCGAGGAGAGAAGUGGUGUUAUCCCGUGUAAAACACCAUGGGGAAACUGGUCCCAAACCAUGGAGGAGGUAUUUAUUGAAGUGAAUGUACCACAUGGGACGUCUGGCAAAGAAGUCAAAUGUAACCUGGGAUCCAAACAGAUAGAACUACACGUCAAAGGACAACAAGUCUUCAAGGGUAAAUUAUUUGGCAUCACUGUUGCGGAUGAAGGAACGUGGACAUUAGAGGACAAGUGUCUGAUCCGUAUCGUGCUGAUGAAGACGAACAGGGAGGCAGGUAACUGCUGGUCCUCUCUGCUAGAGGGAGAGUACUGUGCUGAUGCCUGGCUCCAGGACCAGAUGCAGAAGAAACUAACUCUGGAGAGGUUCCAGAGAGAGAACCCUGGCUUUGACUUCAGUGGAGCAGAGAUCUCUGGGAACUUUGCAGGUGGUGGGCCAGACUUCUCCAGCUUGCAGAAGUGACAGUUGUUAAACAGCAAAGGGGACCCACCCCACAGUACAGUAUGCCCGAGACUGUCAAAUGGACACUGUUGAGGCUUGCUAAGGCCUAGGGGUGAAGAGAUUGUGCUGUGUUUAUAACCAAGUGGGAAGGUGGUAUUUACCACAUACGACUGGGGAAAAUCCGUUUGAAGGCCCCUCCAACUGGUAAUUACUGGUGGGAAACUACUCGUUAUAUAUCGGCUAUCAUCCCUGAGCACCGACUUGUCCCACAUGCUGACCUCGUCACCUACAAAUGAAAUUACAUUUUCAGCAGUUAAAUCUAAAUAUUUUUUAACACUUGUUUACAAGCAUGGUGUUUCAACCGUUCAAAGCAUAUGAAUGCAGCCAACUGAUAUUUUCAACUUCACAACUGUAAUUACCACCUUCCCGCUUUGGUUAUGAACUCAGUGCAGGAUGAGCAGUUGCCUUUGGGCAAAGAACAGACAAUGAUUAGAAUAUUCUAUCAUUUGAAACUAUAAGCCAUAACUGUACAAACCCACAUCCUUUUCUUUCAACCCUUGUAUACAUUUAGGAUUGGCUUUUUUUUUUUAUUCUGCCAAACCUUUCAGACUGCAUUGCCACAAUUCAGUUAAAUAGCUUGUCAGUAUGGAAAUUCUGCUGUGAUUUACAAUAAAUGGUUGAAAAGUU